AUGGCCGUGGCCCUCAUCCUGGAACCCUCCCUGUCGCUGCACCCCAGCCAGGGGGUGUCCCCGCGGGACACUGUCACCCUGCGCUGCCACCUGCCCCGGCUGGCUGCCUGGGUCUGGCUGUACCAGGAAGGAGGUAGAACACACAACAAGUACAAGGACAAGGACCUGGAUGCGGUCGAGUUCUCCUUCAUGGCCACAAGCUGGGAGCAUGCAGGGACGUAUCGGUGCCAGUAUCAUGUGUCUGAUCCACUGGGUACAUCAGAGAAAAGUGACCCCGUGGAGCUGGUGCUGACAGAUGCAAGAUAUCCCCCACCCAGCGUUUCCUUCAGCUUCGAGGGACACGUGAUAACAACAAUCAAUAUCAGUAUCCACGUGGGGAGAGGGUGCAAUGUCACCAUCCAGUGCUGGAACUGGGAUUAUGGAUCCGCCUUCCUCCUGCACAAGGAUGGACGCUCAGCCCCUAUCCAGCGCCAGGACCCCAGUGGUGGAGGAAUGGCCACUUUCACCCUCUUUGGGGUGACCCCAGCUGACACCGGCACCUAUAGCUGCUCCUACCGCCCCUCAGGUUACCCCUUUGUGUCCUCACCCCUUGGGGACAGUGUGACACUUGAGGUGACAUCCCCACCUACACACCCAGAUGCCAAUGGGGAAUCCCGUGGGAGCCUGGUUGUGGCAGUGGCAGGGGGCUGUGCCACUGCACUCGCCUUCGGCCUCAUCCUCAUCGUCUUCUUCCUCCUGUCUGCCCGCAGAGGCCGGAUACAGAGAACUACAAGCCCUGGUGAACCUCUCAAGAGUUCCAAAGCCAAUGAGCUCCAGGUGCCACCCGCUGACAACGAGGGGCUGACCUACACUGAGCUGCAAGCUGUGACCCCCAGCUUCUGCCGCCCUGGGCCCAGCGCGGUCCCCCAGGCCCCGGUUAUCUACGCCCAGCUGGGCUUUGGGGAACCCCACUGAUGUCCCCCACACCGGUUGCUGCAUUUGUGGAGUGCAAUAAUGGAAACAGACACCAAGUCCCCCGCUUGGGUCUCACUGAUGCCCUCUGCUCCCCCAGUCCCACAAAUCUCCCCACAUUUAACAUCCUUCAAAUCCCCACCGGUGUACACCAAAUCAUCCCAAAUCCCACCAAAUCCCUGCAUGGUCAGCGCUACCGUCACAGUGCAUCCUUAUCACCUGGAUUCCUUUACACCUCUGAGACCUCCAAAUCCUCCACAGUCCACCCCCAAAUCCCACCAGUAUUCUUGAAGGACCCCCACAACGCUCAAACUCUGCACCAAACUCCACCACCAGCCCUGAGGGACCCCCGGGUUGGUCCCAGUCCAUCACAAAAGCCCCCAUAACACUGAGUGGUGUGUAACAACAGGUGUGCACUACCCCACAACAGGCGUGCAAUCCAAGGAGUGUUCUCACACAUGUGUCAUUGUCACCACUGCUGAAUCGCACCGCCUCGCUGGGCUCACAUCCACCACUUGGUCUCCAUCAGUGCUCACAAGCCUCGAUGAAUGUCAGUGGGGCCAUUAUUUCUGCAUGGAGGAAUGCAGUCCCAUCCCUUUGCCUCCUCCACAUAUCCGUGUCAGAUGCCACUGUGCCAAUGUGUCCCCUCUGCUGCCAUCUGUCCCACGGCAACAGAAUGUGAUGGGACAUUGGUGGGAAGGUUCCGCCUCUGCUGCUGUCCCACUGACAUUCACCUCUGAUGUCGUGGGCCAAAAUAAUCAAUCAGCAGGCAUUACUGUCAGAAUAGCCCUCAUGAAAUAUAUGAUUUUGUUCUACUCUUACUAACUGAAGUUAUUAUUGUUUCUUAACAGGCUUGUGCUAAAAAUAAAAAGAGAGAGAAACAAA